AUGGCGGCGGUAACCGGUGGCACGCCGCUCUACAUGUCGCCGGAAGUCCUCCGUGGGGAGGAGCAGAGUUUUCCGGCGGAUAUAUGGGCGCUCGGGUGCACGGUUAUCGAGAUGGCCACCGGAGGACGGUCGCCGUGGUGGCCGAAUGAUGCUUCGACGCUUGCCAAGAUUGCGUUUUCCGGCGAGACGCCGGAGGUGCCGGAGCUCUUGUCGGGCUCGGCGAGGGAUUUUCUCGGAAGGUGUUUGAGGGUCGACCCGAGAGAGAGGUGGACGGCCGGGCAGCUCGCGGGGCAUCCAUUUGUGGCCGGGUUUGGGUUUGGGCAGGCGAAGGAGGUGAUGACGGGCAGGAUGAGUUCACCGACCAGCGUUCUCGACCGGGGAAUUUGGGGAUCGGCCGAAGAAGGAUUUUCGGAAGAUUCGUGUGGGGAUUUUUUGAGUGAGCCGGUGAAGAGGAUUAGGGAGUUGUGUGUGGAGUCUUUUGUAAUGGAGGAUUGGGGGUGUGAAGAGGAGGGAUGGAUAACAGUUAGAGAUUGUGAAAAUGUGAGGAAAAAUGGUGGAAUUAACUGUGGGGAUGAGUUUAGAGAGUGUAGUUUUGAAUUUUGUGGGAGAUUUAAUUUGCAGAGGGAAACAGGGGAGUACAGAGGAGUUAGAUGA